ACAAAGAACACUGUACUGGCGACUGGUGGAUAUGGACGUGCAUUCUUCAGCUGCACGUCAGCACAUACAUGCACUGGCGAUGGAACGGCUUUGGUGGCGCGUGCUGGCCUAGCAAACUCAGAUAUGGAAUUCGUUCAGUUCCACCCAACCGGUAUCUACGGAGCUGGAUGCUUGAUCACGGAAGGUUCACGAGGUACGUGA